GUUUGCAGUGGCACGUUUCCGGGAGAGAGCUGCUGUUAUGGUAACGGCAGAAGCCGGUGUGGGCAGUAGGUGGUGAGGAGUAUUCGGCGGAUUCUCUCUCUCUGUGUUGUCCUGGGCGGGAGGAUGAACGCGGACCGUUUCUCAAUGUCAGCAGAGGACUACCUGAGCCAGACACAUGUUUUGACUUACAUUGAAGAUGCAGUGAGUCAAUUGCUGGAAUAUAAGGAGGACUUCAGUAAGUCUGGGAUUGCCAGAUUCCUCGCUGAAUAUUUUAAUAGUGUUCAACUUGGAAGUCACAUUUUGUUUCGCGAAUUCGCCUUCAUCAAAGCUACCCCUUACAAUAGGGCUUCAUUUAUUCAAAUGUUCUGGCGGUGCUUUCGGCAAAUAGGCAAGAAUGGAGACCUGUUGACAGUGAACGAAUACCAUUCUUUGCUGCAGCUUAUUUGUCAUGAUUUUCCAAUGGAUCAUGUCCUCAAAGCAGCAAGGAUUGUUCUUAUGGAUGAUGCGAUGGACUGCCCGAUGGCAUUUGUGGACUUUAUUUAUGCAUUCCAAAUUCAGUUGUGCUAUUACGAAUAUUUCGAAAGUAUUUCUAUUAUUUAUCAAGACCUCCUUAUGGGGAAAAAUCCAAAUGCUGUGAUUGUGCCAACUUCCUCCGUCCAACAACAUCGCUUACUGUCUGUUGAAACAGCAACACAAGAAGGUGUUGAUGCAUCCCAGUUUUCUGAUUGUUUGGAAACACUCUGUGACAGAUAUAAGCACAAUUACCCACCAGUUCCAUACGUGAAGCAAAUCCUCCACAAAGUACAACGAGUGACAUACUUCGGAUUUGCGAUGGCCCUUGCAAAGCACGAGGGGAUUAACUCCAAAUUAGGAAUUCUUCCCAAUAAGGCAGAACUUCUCAUCGAUUCUGACAUGGACCGAGAGCUGGAGAAAGUGAUUGAACACAUGCUCAGUAAUCAAAACUCCAAUGCUCCUACACAGAAGGAACCAACCAAAAAAGUUAGUCAUCGCAAGACUCUCACUCAGCGCAAGAAAGUGGACAUUGAGAGUGAUGGCUCAACCGAAGAAACUGAUUCCUCUGAAAAUUAACUCACCAUCUCUGGUUGAUAUUAAGUCCUAUGGUCAAAAGGUUAUCUUUGGCCUUCCUCUUAUUUGUUAAAAUGUUUGAAGAGUUAGUGAUGUUUGAGAAGACUUGUAGCUCAGCUUG